AUGUUCCUUGGCGGAUUUAUUUUAUUAUUAAUUUUUCAUUUUGCAAAAAAUGAAAAGAUUCCCAAUGAUCGAUUGGUAGGUGUGGAUACGAAACAUGAUAUUGUUAUCAAUAAAGACACAAUUAUUUCAAAGAAUAUGAUAAUGCAGAAGAAAAAUCGCGAGAAAAAAUCUAGACCUAACAAUCAUGGAACACACGAACCCGACUGGUCGUAUAGUUCAUUCCCGGAAAGAGUCAAGAAAGACGUUGAGGAAUUUAAAAGGAAUAUGUCGGAAUGUCUAAAAGAGGUUCAAAUGAACGACAAGAGGCCGUUGAAAAGUUUAUCACCGAUAAAAGAGUCGCCUGUACACGGCGAAUGUCUCAUUGCGUGCGUUUUGAAACGUAACGGUGUGAUUGAGAAUGGAAAAAUAAUUAAGGAUAAUUUACUCUCACUGGUUCGAAAAUUUUAUGAGAAAGAUGACAAACUAAUGAAAAAAUUAGAGAAAAACUUAGAUCGUUGCAUUCAAACAAGCCUGAAGAGUAAAGAUGAUUGUGAAAUAGCAUCACAUCUAAACAAUUGUACCAAUGGCCUUAUGGCUAAUAACAAGCACAAAAUUAGUGUAAACUACUAAUGAGUGAUAUUAAUUAAAUAAUAUAACAUAU